AUGGGGAAAAACUUAUUUGUGUUCAUGCUUCUCCUUGCUCUCUUUACUACAGAUGAGACUUUUAUGACUUCCACAGAAGCAAAGAUUUGUCAAAAUAGGAUCCUUAGUUCAAAUUGUGUGAAGGCUGAGGAUUGUAAGGGUAUAUGCAGAGAACAUAUGUCUUAUGAAAUGACAUAUUUGGAUAAUAGUAGUGAUGCUUGGAAGUUGUUUCUAAAUGAUGAUGAUUGGGAGUUGUUUGCCUUUCUGACCUAUAGGGGAGUAAAACGGUAUAAAUUGGAAUCUUUGUAUUUUGUCCAAACUGAAUUCAGUUUCAUAAGACAUCCUUGGUGUGUGAAUUCAAAGGAAUUGGAAUCUCAAAUUCCAUUCCGUGGGGUGUCCGGUGAGUGAUGCGAUGCGAUCAGUAAGUUAGAGGAAUAAUGGAUUAUGGAAGAAAGGCGACUUCAAACUGACAACUAAGGGGUAAAAUGCUCACCGAUGCUUGUGGCAAAGCCUAAUCAAAGUGGUGUUGGUUACAUCUAAUAGUAUUAAUUUUAUAUAACACAAAAAUUGACGAUAUUACCCUUUGCUCCUGGGGCUCUUGGAGUAGGAGGAGGACCUUUGGUCAAUGGUCAAGGCGGGACUUUAAUGUUUUUAAAUUGGCAAUCUACACUCAAUGUUCCAGCUUUAGCCCAAAUUGUUUUGGUAUUUGUAUGUAGCUUGCAAAUCCUUGUAGUCAUUUUAAAUGUACAAGUUGACAUUUUCAGUUAAUAUACAAGUUGACAUAUGAAUGCAACUCUAGCUCUCCUUUUUCUUAUGAGAAUAUUGUUAUUUAACAUUCUAUUUCUUGCAAGUAUCCCGAUCAUAAGCUAAAUGCAAGAAAUGAC